CGAGUAUACUAACUAGUUCGCUCUCGCUGUGCAUCGCGCUAACUUUUAUAUGACUUGUGAAAAUGUCAUCAAACUCUUCAUUUCAAACAAUUCAUUAUUCAAGUGUCAUUUUGGUUGUAAAAACGAUGGUCCAUUGCAUCGAUUUCCUAAACCACAAUACCCAUAUCUAGAAAAAUUUAAUGUAUGGAAAUCUGUCCUCGCUGAAGAUAUUCAAGACAAAGGAGACAUUUACAUUUAUAACCAAAUUCGAAUAUGCUAUCGCCACUUUGAAGAAUGUUAUUGUUCACAAAGCCACAGACUCACAGCUAAUGCAGUUCCAACGCUAAAUAUUGGUUCAUCUCAGCUGCAACCCAUGGAAACUGAUGUUAUUGAACAUGUGCUUAAUGUAAUGCAGCCAUCAACUGCCUUAAAAACAAAGGAUGAUCAGGGUGAAGGUUCUUCUUUUAGGCUGCAUUGUAUGGAAACUGAUGUUUUUGAACAUGUGCUUACUGUAAUCCAGCCGUCAACUUCUGCUCUAAGUAUAAAAGAUAAUAAUCUAGCCAAACAAGAGCACAAAAUUCUUCCAGCUGAAUGUGAAGAAACUGCAGACUUUCUUCUUAUAAUGGAUAAAUUGUUUGACUCUUUUAAUGGUCACUCCUACCAAGAAUUGGAUUCUGGACAGUGGAGUCCUCAUUUAUUGUCUCUGACAGGAAGACUCAGCUCCGCAGCAUAG